GGUUUACGAAUCACGGAAUGGGGCUAUGGGACAGUUGCUCGUGUGCGAGGUUUCGUGUGAUAUCGUGGUUAGUGUUUACUGUUUGUGUUUUGUGCUUAUUGCAUACAUUGUCAACUGCUUCUCACGAGGUACACAAAUGCAGUUAAUAAAGAUGGUUUAUCGAAGCAGAUUUCUAAAUAAAUUGCUGCAACCGGUAACUGAGUAACGGUGCUAAACCUGACGCGAGGUCCUCACCCGCGUUAGGUGCCGUGUGGGCCACCUAUCCGCGUCCAAGCUGUGUCGAGGCAUUCAAGUCAUGGUAUCGAGGUUCGACACGAACUUCGGUUGUGAAGACUUUUUCGGGACUUAUCGUUGCAUCCAAGACAUGGCUUGUGAUCGUGGUGAUUCGGACUUCGAGUUCGUCAUACCUCCAGAGGCGCCGGUUUUCGAACCGAGUAUCGAAGAGUUUCACGACCCUCUUGGCUACAUUGCAAAAAUACGACCGAUCGCAGAGAAGUCUGGCAUUUGUAAGAUCAAACCGCCGCCUAAUUGGCAGCCACCAUUUGCUGUUGAUGUAGAUAAAUUCAAAUUUGUUCCGAGAAUACAAAGGCUAAACGAAUUGGAGGCAAAAACCAGGAUAAAACUUAAUUUCUUGGAUCAGAUUGCAAAAUUCUGGGAACUUCAAGGUUCAUCUUUAAAAAUCCCCCUUGUUGAACGCAAGGCUCUUGAUUUAUAUUCUUUACAUAAGAUAGUUACCGAUGAAGGAGGAAUUGACACAGUUACGAAGGAAAGGAGAUGGGCAAAAAUUGCAAAUAAAUUAGGUUAUCCUUCUGGUCGUAGUGUUGGAAGUAUUCUAAAAAAUCACUACGAACGUAUUUUGUAUCCAUUUGAUGUGUUUAAACAAGGAAAGACAUUGGCAGAUAUUAAAAUUGAACCAGAUUCUAAUGUAAAUGAGAAAAAAGAUAGAGAUUAUAAACCACAUGGAAUUAUAUCACGGCAACAAAUUAAACCCCCACCUGAGAAAUUUUCCCGUCGUUCUAAGAGAUUUAGUGGUCAAGAAGAAAAGCAGGAAGUAUCUAUUAAACAAGAGGAUUGUAAAGAGGAAUGUGAUUCUGACAAUGAUUGUAAAGAUGGAAUUAGAAAUAAACAAUAUGAUGAUAAAGAUAAUAGUAAAGAACUUAAAAAAUUACAGUUUUAUGGACCUGGCCCAAAAAUGGCUGGAUUUAAUACCAAAGAAGGAAAGAAAUCAAACAAAACUAGAGGUGUAAAACUUAUUUAUGAAGUUGACCCAUUGGCAAAGUAUAUUUGUCACAAUUGCGGAAGAGGUGAUAAUGAAGAAAGUAUGCUUUUAUGUGAUGGAUGUGAUGAUAGUUAUCAUACUUUUUGUCUUAUGCCACCUUUGACAGAAAUACCAAAAGGUGAUUGGAGAUGUCCAAAGUGUGUUGCUGAAGAAGUUUCCAAGCCAAUGGAAGCAUUCGGUUUUGAGCAAGCACAAAGGGAAUAUACACUUCAACAAUUUGGUGAAAUGGCUGACCAAUUUAAGAGCGACUAUUUUAACAUGCCUGUACAUAUGGUGCCAACAUCACUAGUAGAAAAAGAAUUUUGGCGAAUUGUUUCCUCAAUUGACGAAGAUGUAACAGUCGAAUAUGGCGCAGAUUUACAUACAAUGGAUCACGGGUCGGGAUUUCCAACAAAAACAAGCGUCAAUUUGUUUACAUGUGAUCAAGAAUAUGCUGAAUCUUCAUGGAAUUUGAACAAUUUACCAAUUUUACGAGGAAGUGUAUUAGGUCAUAUAAAUGCUGAUAUUAGUGGUAUGAAAGUUCCAUGGAUGUAUGUUGGAAUGUGUUUUGCAACAUUUUGUUGGCAUAAUGAGGAUCACUGGAGUUAUUCAAUCAAUUAUCUACACUGGGGAGAGCCGAAAACAUGGUAUGGUGUACCAGGUUCUGAAGCGGAACGAUUUGAACACUCAAUGAAAUCAGCUGCACCAGAAUUGUUUCAUAGUCAACCAGAUUUACUUCAUCAGUUAGUUACUAUUAUGAAUCCAAACAUUUUAACGAAUGAAGGCGUUCCAGUAUUCAGAACUGAUCAACACGCUGGAGAAUUUGUAGUGACAUUUCCGAGAGCGUAUCACGCAGGUUUUAAUCAGGGUUACAAUUUUGCUGAAGCCGUGAAUUUUGCUCCCGCUGAUUGGCUCAAAAUUGGACGAGAUUGCAUAACGCAUUAUUCAAAUUUAAGACGAUUUUGUGUAUUUUCUCAUGAUGAAUUGGUGUGUAAAAUGUCAUUGGACCCAGACUCAUUAGAUAUAGGAAUUGCAACUGCAACUUACCAUGAUAUGCUUCAAAUGGUAGAUGAUGAGAAGAAACUACGGAAGAAUCUGUUGGAGUGGGGUGUAACAGAAGCAGAACGAGAAGCAUUUGAACUUUUACCAGACGAUGAGAGACAGUGUGAAGCUUGCAAGACAACUUGUUUUUUGAGUGCAGUUACAUGUUCAUGCCAAAGUUCUCAAUUAGUUUGUUUAAGGCAUUUCACAGAUCUUUGUGAUUGUCCUCCAGAUAAGCAUACAUUACGUUAUCGCUAUACUCUAGACGAAUUACCAAUUAUGUUACAAAAAUUAAAAUUGAAAGCAGAGUCAUUUGACUCCUGGGUAACAAAAGUAAAAGAGGCAAUGGAUCCUGAUAAAAAGAGUGAUAAAAUUGAAUUAAGUGAAUUAAAAGAACUGUUAAAUGAAGCCGAAAGUAAAAAAUUUCCAGAAAGUGAAUUGCUCACAGCUUUAACAACUGCUGUACAAGAUGCUGAAAAGUGUGCAAGUGUUGCGCAACAACUUUUGAGUAAUAAACAACGUACCAGAACCAGACAAUCUGUUGAAACUAAGUACAAGCUUACAGUAGAAGAAUUAACACUUUUCUAUAAAGAAAUAACAAAUCUGUGCUGUGAACUCAAGGAGUCUGAUGGUGUAAAAUUUAUACUUGAUCAAGUAUUGCAAUUUCAAACAGAAGCAGAAGAACUAGAAUCUAAAGAGGAUGAUUGUGAUAUUGAACAGUUGGAAAAAUGUAUUGAAUUUGGAGAUUCUAUUUGUAUUGAACUACCUCAACUCACACAUUUGAGACAAAAAUUAACACAAAUACAAUGGCUUGAGGAAGUAAAGUCUGUUCAAGAAGAUCCAAAGUCAGUACAUCGUGAUGAUUUAGCAAAAUUAAUUGAGAAAGGUAUGAUAAUGCCUCCUCAUUUAAGUAUAGAAAAUACUCUCUCAGAGUUGCAAGCAUUAAUGCUUGCAAUUGAUGAUUGGGAAGAAAAAGCAAAAUUAUAUUUCCAUACAAAAAAUAGACAAACUAUUACAUCUCUCGAAGAAUUUAUUCGUGAAGCUGAUAAAGUAGAAGCUUACCUACCAAGCUUAGAUGUCCUUCAAGAUACAUUAAACAAGGCAAAAAAUUGGACAAAAAUAAUGGAAGAGAUACAAGCAAGAGAUAACUUUCCAUACUAUAAUACGCUAGAUGAUUUAAUAAAAAAAGGUAGAAAUAUUCCACUGCACCUAGAUGCUCUUCCGAUCUUAGAAUCUACUCUUUCACAAGCAAAAACCUGGAAAGAAAGGACAGCAAGAACAUUCCUAAGGAAAAAUUCACAUUAUACUUUAAUGGAAGCUUUAUCACCACGAAUUGGCGUUGGUAUACAAGCGUUAAAAGCUAAAAAGAGUAAGAAUGAAGAUUCUAUAGGACCUGUAUUUGUCUGUGAUACAAAAUUGGAUGAUUCCAAUGAUUCAGCUACCGUUGUAGCUGCGUUUAAAUUAGCUGAACAACGCGAAAUGGAAGCGAUGCGAAAUUUAAGGGAAAGAAACUUAAUGAAAACCGAAAUUGACGAUUCAAGGUAUUGUGUUUGUCGUCGACCAAGAUUCGGGCUCAUGCUUCAGUGUGAGCUUUGUAAGGAUUGGUUUCACUCAAACUGUGUACCUUUACCAAAGACAUCGUAUAAAGGAAAAUUUCCAAUGUCAAGAGAAAUUAAAUUUUUAUGUCCAUGUUGCUUACGUUCACGACGGCCACGGUUAGAAACGAUUCUUGCACUUUUAGUUAGUCUUCAAAAAAUUCCUAUUCGUUUACCAGAAGGUGAAGCAUUACAAUGUUUAACGGAACGUGCAAUGAAUUGGCAGGAUCGAGCUCGACAAGCACUAGCCACGGAUGAAAUUUCAUCUGCACUGGCAAAAUUGUCUGUAUUAUCACAAAAAUUAGUGGAAGCAGCUGCAAGAGAAAAGACAGAAAAGAUUAUUAGCAGCGAACUGAAAAAGGCAGCAAAUAAUCCUGAAUUACAUCAGAGAGUACAAGCAAUUGCCCCACUCAGUGGUGUGCAUUCAGAUGAUAGUGUAGUUAGUAUUGCGGAUGAUGAUGACGACAUUGUUACUAUAGAUGAUGAUGAACCAAGUUGUAGUACAUUCAAUAGUAACGAACAUGCGUAUUCCUAUAUAUCAAAAAUUCAACGUAAAACACAAUCAAAUGAUGCAACGGAAAUUGCGGUUGUACUUUCACAAACAGCAAGGUUACGUCUUGAAGAACUGAUGAUGGAAGGCGAUUUAUUAGAAGUUGCACUUGAUGAAACACAACACAUCUGGCGUAUACUAUGUCAUACAAAUAGUCCUAGUACAGUUCGAAAAUAUGCAUCAUACGAGGAAGUCCAAACUAAUUUGAAUCAGGAUAUAAAGGAUGUAAAAAAGCGUGGAAGGAAAAGAAAAUCCGACGAAUUUGAAUUAUUGAAAAAACUUGGAAGACAAAAAAUGGAAGAAAAGAAUUUAGCUAAGCGCAAAGCAUUGCAGAAAGAAAAAAAAUCAGCCAGUUCUCUAGUUCCAAUAAAGCGUGGACCUCGAAAGAUGAAACGUAAAGAAGGAGAAGAAGGCCCAAAGAAAAGGGGUGGUAACAGGAAAAAGACUAAACAGGAUACUUCAGACGAAGAAGAUGAUUGUGCGGCUGUUAACUGCUUACGACCUAGCGGUAGGGAAGUUGAUUGGGUACAGUGUGAUGGUGGCUGUGAAGGUUGGUUCCACAUGCAUUGUGUUGGUUUAGAUCGUACAGAAAUUGCAGAGGAGGAUGAUUACAUAUGUAGUAAUUGUAAAGAAGCAGAGCAAAACUCAACGUCAAGAGCGCCAGAUCCCCUAGCUGAAUCAUUAGGCCUGGAUGCACUUCUUUCCCUUUCUCAAUCUCAGGGAUACCAGGGCACAGAUAGUGAAGCAGACAUUCAAGAAACCACAUCCUUCGUCAAGACUUACUAGCCUACUUUACCUCGUUAGCUCUGUACAAGGCUAGGAUGUUUAUCAAUUCAAUUGGCUGGGAACUUGCAGCCCGACAAUUAAUAUCAUCUACAAUCAUCAUUCAGUCAGUUGGUACUGCAGAUUAUUGGAUGCUGUUUGAUUACUGUUGCGAGCGGAUAUUGGAGAUAAAGUAUUAUAAUGCGGUCGAAUUGCAAUCUUGACGAUUAUGAACAUUAUUUUUUUAUUUUGAUUUGGUACCCUGUAGAGAGGUAUCAACUUUUUGUAUGUAUUAUAUUGCAUUGUAUUUUAUUUUUCUAAGAUAAAACAGUUGUUUAUUAAGAAGA